AAAGCCCCACCAAUCUCUCUCUAUUCCCACUUCACCCACUUGUCUCUCCCUCUCCUCUCUAUCUGACAUGCCCAUUAAUGCCCUACACAAACAAGUGAAAAUCUUGAAUUUCAUAUUUCUUUACCUUCCAACAAAAUCAUUCAAACCAUCUACCCAUCCCUUCCAUAUAUCUUAAAACACACACACACACACAAACACAAAUCCCCAUGGGCAAGAAAAUGAAGCUUCCUUUUCUCUCCAAGAUUAACACAAACUCCUCAUCUUCAUCAAAAUCCUCAUGGUCUUGGUCUGUUUAUUGCCAACAACCAAAAACCCUUUCUUUCAGAACUAAUAACAACAACAUGUUCAAAACCCUUAACUCUUCUUAUAAUUUAGAGGAAACUCAUGAAUCUUGGUUUACUAACUCUUCUUCCGAGUCUGCAAGUUUCUCUACUGCCGCCUCAGACGACGACUCAGCCGCCGCAGCCGCCGGUGAGUCUUUAGAAACGGUUAUUCGAGGUUUAAGGUCAGAACGACUAUUUUUUGAGCCUGAAGAGACUAGUUCAAUCUUGGACCAAGUAAAGAACAACAAUGGUGAGUUUCCAUUUAAAGAAAGUAUAGUAUUGUCAAUGGAUUCUCAAGAGCCUUAUUUGGAUUUCAAGAAAUCAAUGGAAGAAAUGGUAGAAGCUCAUGGAUUAAAAGAUUGGGAAGGUCUUGAAGAGUUAUUAUGUUGUUAUUUAAAAGUCAAUGGAAAAAGCAAUCAUGGGUAUAUAAUUGGUGCUUUUGUGGAUUUACUGGUUGAUCUUGCUUUUGCUAGCCAUUCUUCUACUAGUACUAUUAGUGAUUCUUCUUCUUGCUGUUGUUGUUCCUGUUCUCCUUCUUCUCCUUUGUCUUUUUACACUUCUUCAAAUUUUUCUGAUGAUUAUUCUUCUUGUGCUCCUUGUGUAUCUUCAUUACAAGUUGAUCAAGAGGAGGUUCAUCUAACUACUCCUUGUUUAUCAAAAUUAGAAGGUGGGAUUAAUGAGAGUAAAGAAAAUUAAAAGUUGAUGUUUAAUUCAUCUUUUUUACUUCUUGUUUUGAUCUCAUUUAUGGAAAAACAAAAUAUGUGUAUAUUAGUAGCUUGAUGAGAUAUGAAUAUGAUAGUGAAAUCUUUUUAUGAAA